AUGGUCGUCGCCGCCCCGCUCACUGGCUCGGCCCUGAUCAAGGCGCUCAAGGGCGCACAAGAUCCGCCAACGUCCGGCGGACCGUCCAAGAUCUCCCUAGCAACAGCAGCAUGGCAAGAUACAAGCCUGCUGGUGCCGCGCAAGGCCGACGUGAUCCGUGACUGGGUGCUCGAGGCGUGGACCCGGUCGAAGCCUGGACCACGUAACGCGAUCGCGGACGCAGCGUACCACUCCCUCCUGGUAGAUGUGUCGCGGGAAUGCGCAGCGCCUGCUCACGCUCCCCUCGCCCUGCUGGGGACUUUCAUCUCGAGCGCAGUGGACGAUGAGGAGCUGGGACGGGCGGCAGCGGCGAGCUUGCCCAUCCUCUUCGGAGACGGUAUCAAGGCUGACGCCUGGGCCGAUAUGCUCGGCCGCCUCGCCGCGGCGCUCCAGGCCGGGCCGUGGAACGCCCUCGCUCCGGCGGCCAAGCUGGUGUGCGCCGGCCUGGCCACUUCCCUCCCGACUUCGCCCAACGCCAAGAAGAUCGCCCAGUCGCUCCACCCCAAGCUCUCCGCCCUCGCCGGCGCGCUGCACGCCCACCCUGGCCUCGGGGCAGAGCUUUCUCCUGUCCUCCCGUCGCUUUUCUUCCCUCUCGGCGUCCUCCAGACCGUCGAGCCGCUCAAACAGCUCCUCGCCGCCCUCCUUCCAUCUCCUUCCCCUUCUACCGAGGUACUGGCUCCCGCCCUGGCCUUCAUUCCCAUCGCGUUUGGGGCGUUUAUCGAUUCGACCAAGCAGCACCAGUACACGCUGUACGGGAAGGCGGAUAAGGACAAGCCGCUCGACGUGUACAUCGCCGACCGCACGCGCGGCGCUGUCAUUCCCGCCCUUGCUGCUGCAUUGGACCUCCUCAACCGGCUGGAGGACGGCGCGCUCGCGCGCCCCUCGUCCUCCACCGCAGCCCCGGCGCUGGGCUACGCGCUCUGGAGCGCACGCCUGGCCCUCUGGGAACGGAUGUUGCAGUGGGGUGGAUACCUCGAGUCGGAUAGCAAAGCGGCCACUCUGGUGAGCGCUGAGACGCGCCGCGGCUCGGCGGCCCUGGCGAUGUACGGCGCCUCCGAGGGCGCAAGCACGGAGGCGGGCCUGGCCGGCCGUGUGCUCGGCACGUUGGACGUUCUCGAGCGCCUUGACCACGCGCGCGCGGCCCUCGGCACCGAUGUCGUGGGGUGGUGCCUCGCUGCUCCGGAUCGGUGCCACAUCCAGGCGCGCACGCUACUGUCCUCCAUUCUGAGAUAUCACACCCUCACACACUCGUUGGAAGGAUACUUCAUCCUCCUGUCCGACGCCGCGCGGGGCCUCUUCCAGCCUUCUCUUCCAACCGAGACCCUCGAGUCGCUGUACACCCUCGUCGCAACUGGCCCACUGACCGAGCGCGCCUUCCGCACCGACCUCAGCGCGGCCGUGCGUUCGGCUAACCUCGGCGGGCGGCGCGGUAUCGUCUGGGCCACCAUCCUCCGUACACUGGCCAACCGCACGCGUGACGCCCUCGAACCCGAAACUGGCGGGAAGCGCAAGCGUGACCCGCCGGCAUGUGGAGCACGCCUCGCGGCGAUCCUCUCCCGCGUCUCCAAGAUCGUGCUGGAUGCCAGUGCCCAUGCUCGUGCCGGCGACGACGAGGGAGUUGUUGAAGAAGCCGUUGCAGCGUUCGGGGAUGACUGGCCAGCUCCGGCAAAAAAGAAACGCAAGAGCAUGGGCGGAGACGACACCGCCGAGCUCCUCCUUGCUGCUCGCCUGCGGGUAGCGCGCUCCGCGGGUCUCCUGCACAGGGAGACGGAGUUUGUGACUCGCACUCAGCUUGCGAGCGUCGCGGCUACGUUCACCCUGCCCGAGCUGCGCCUCGAAGCCUUCCAUUUCCUGUACACCGCGCUCGCUCUCCGCACUGACGCGCUCGUUGACAACCUGCUGGUCGAUGCCCUCCUCCUGACUCUCACCGGGACGUCGAAGGGGGUGUGGAGCGGCCGCGACGCGAGCGUGGGCUCAAACCUCGCUGCGGCGGCAUGGACGCUAGCCGCCGAAGGCGGGCUGUCUGUCUUCGAGUCGGCCAGCUCAUCCCAACUCGACACGCUGGCGACAACUAUUGUGUCCGUCGCUGGCCCAGAGGAGGAGGGCCUGAGCGUGAGCCGCGCCAUCAACCGCAUCCUUGGCACCGCCGAGACAUGGGAGCUCCCUUCCCUCCGCGCGGCGCUGCUACGUGCCCUCGUUGCGGCUGCCGAGACCGGGUCCGGAUUCGCCGUUCUCGCAGCCAGUCCAGCCCCUUGGCUGAGCAAGAGCGCGCGCGGCGCCCUCGUCACCGCAGCAUACGAGGCGGACGCGUCAUCUUCCGCCGAGCGCUCGGCGAUCCGCGCGUGGCUCGCCCGCUUGGCGGAAGGCGACGUCCUCGGCCCCUUAACUGAGGCGAGUACGCUCAAACGCCUCCUCAAGACGGCUUCUGGAGCCGAGGAAUCGACUCUCGCCCUCGUAAAUCUUGGCUUGACGGCCCUCGUGCGGUCGGCUACCCGCGAGCCUAUACCUCUUAUCGCCGCGCUGGCGGUACUCAAGAAACCGUUCAAGGAGAUGGACGUGCGAUCGCGCGCGGCCGCCGCAUUCUUCGAUACCGCAGACCCUUCUUCAUGGACCAGCGACCUCCUGUCCGCUGCCGAGUCGCUGGCAACGGAGGCGCGAAAGAACCUCCCCCCUUCCAGUCUCGGAGCGGACCCCGCCCGGCUGCGCGCACACCUCUCCCUCGCGCGUUUCGAGGCCCGUCUCGGCCGUCCCGCAACCAAGAUCAACCUCGCUCCAGUCCUGGAAUCACGUAACGCCGCUGCCGCCGAGCCCGCCCUACUGGCCGUAGCGUUGGCGGGCGACAUCGAGGCGACCCUGGCAACAUACCUCGCUCUCCGCACCUUCACCGGGCCCACUCUAGAUGCCGCGCUUGGUUCCAUCGCAUCAUCCCUCUCGGUGCAAGACUACUCGCGCGCGCUCGACGCCCUCCUCCCCCUCCCCCCCAGCGAGGGCGCCCUGCGCGCAACGCGCAUCCUGAUCUCCGCCCCAGUUAGCGGCUCUGGCCGUGCCCUCGCAGCCGCCCUUCCCUCUCUCCUGGGUGCUUUGGAGAGGGGUGCGCGCGACAGCGUCCUCGAAACCCUCAGGGUUGUGGGCGCGCUCACGGACGACCGGACGGGUCUUCUGCGGCCCACCGAUGCCGCCGUGCUUCUUGCUGUCAUCAGUUCCGUCCUCCUCCCCCCCUCAAAUUCAGACACCGCCCUGGCUACCGCUAGCAACUUUGUUCCCCUCGCCCUCGGGCCGCUGCUCACUCUUGCCAGGCAUCGCGGCGACCUGCUCCUCGCCCACCUCCCCUCUGUCGUUGGUGCUUUAUCUGCGUUCAUGCCGCUUCUGCAGCGCGCACGCCCGGGACUGCGACACAAGGCACGGCGAUGGACUAUGGACGAGGAGGAUGCGCCCGCUCAUGCCGCCCUGCUCGCGCGUACGCUUUCCGCGCUUGCUGUGGCCAAGAUCGGGAGUGGGACACGCACGCUCGCUGGGCCGCUGGCCAAGCAUGCGCCCGCCGUACUUGUCGCUUAUGCGCGUGCUGCGAGCGAUCCAUGGGCCGCGCUGUCGCCUGCUGUUAGGCGCGAGCUUGAGCCGGGGCUGUUUGCUCUGGCUGACGUUACUACUGCUGGUGGACGGGCAGACGGGCGCGGACGCGAGGGCGAGGGCGUUGGCGUGCCCUUUGGCCUUGGAGAGGCGCAUGGCGAGGCCGAGCGCGAGGUUUGGGCUGACGUGUGGAAGGCCUGGGCUAGGAAGAGGUACACUGGGCGCGGAUAG